CGAGUAGUACACAGAAAACGGGGCGAAGAAGGCAAAGUGUCUUUUCAGGUGGAUGAACAACUUGAUCCUGCACGUAGAAAGCUCUUUAAGAAACCACCCAAAAAUCAUGACCUACCUCCUGGGCAGGCAGGACUGUGUCGAGAACCUGCGGAAGGAUGUCACUGACCUACAGGGGACCAUUCUGGAUGUGACAUCUCGGGCAGGUCCUGCACGCUUUCCCUCUUGGAAGUUUCCGGACAAGAUCUCUUGUGAUCUGGAUUUGGUGGCCCUGCUGGAUCACUACGACUUUGUUGAGGGAGAUGAAGAAUUCAGUCAGCAUUCCCACAUUGUGCUCCUGGAGUUAGUGGUGGACAGGUUGCUGCUGCUUCUGCAGUGUUUUACACGGUAUAAUGAAACCCUGCUAGGUGACCAUAAAAACACCUUGCAGUCCAAGUCUAUUGGACCCUCAAUGUCCAUAGGGCUAGUGGUGAAGACUUACUGGAAUAGUCUUCUCAAGCUCGACAACUUAUAUCAGACUGGCCUCAAAGAGAAAUUUCCAGAAAAAGAAAUGUCAGCCUUACACUGGAAUGGCGGAGAACAGGAGAGACAGAAGGAUAAUCCAAAUCAAUUCGCCUCUCCAUUAAAAAGCAUUGGGGAGAACAGAGAGAAGCGCUCACAGUCUGCUGCUGCUGCGGGUACUUCUCGGUACAUCCCACCAGUCGGCACCCCGUUCUCGGUGGCCAAUGAUUGCCGCACUAUAGGCAGUCAAACUGUGGAGUCUUCCCUGGUGCCUUGUGAUGCUUGUGCUCGUUCCCAGUCCUCGUUGAAGGAAGUUGGCAAAGCCAUAAUCUGCAUUUGCCAAAGUCAAAACCUGCCAUCUUCCCUGUGUCGUUUUCAAGAAGUGACAGAUGAGAUUUUGGGCGAGACUCAGCUCUCUGCAUCAGAUAUGGCCUACUGGGCCGCAGAACAAAGCAAGGACCUGGCCCGCAUUAAUAAGCACUUCACUGACCUCCUGAAUCAGGUCAAGCCCCUCAAAAAGAGCUUGGCAGCUUCGGAGGCUGAGCAGGCAGCUUUGAAGAAGGAAGUGCUGACCUUUGAGGAGGUUCUUCACAGGGAGAAGGGGGAAUGCAAACGUAAAAUGCAAGAGUGCGAGAACAAACUGCAAGCCAUGCAUGCGAGGAAUGCAGAUGCAGUCAAAAAGCUAGAAGUAGAAAAAGAGGAGUUAAAAAAAGAUGCUUCCAGUCUGAAGGAGAAGCUAAAAAAUCAGCAGGCCAGCAUUCAGGAUCUGGAGCAGCAAAGAGAAAAACUACUGCAAGAAAUGAGAACCCAGAUGGUCGACAAGAGCGUGGUGCUUGUCUUGGAGGGUAACGUCCGAGACCUUAACAUGCGUUUGGCCACCAACACCUCAGAACUCUCUGCCACUAUUGUGGAACUGGACAAGGAGAGGGCCAAGUUCAUCAGCUUGACUAGGCAGCAGGAGUCCCUGCAGGUUAAACACAGAGCCUUGCUGCAGCAAGUAGACUCCCUGGACCAAGAGUGCGAGGGAGUGCGUCAGAGUUUGGAGGAGAGUGACGAAAAACGAGCACAGCUCCAAGAAGAGCUUUCCCAGCUCACGUCGGAGACGGCUUCAUUGCGGUGUCAGCUUCAGGAGCAGAAGGUGGUGACAGAGCAAUUGCAAGAGGAAAAACAGAAAUUGGAAGGGUCUGUUUCAGAGCUAAAAGAUUCAAUUUGUCAACUGGAGAAGCAGGUCCAGGAGCAGAAGCAGAGGGAGAAGCUGCUAAUGGACUACCCAGAUCUGUGCCCACCCUCCCAGUGUCAACUUGACAGUACAGGCGAUAUCAUUACGGACAUGGAGAAACAAAUGCAGGCCAAUUCUGUAAGGAUCGGCAUCCUGGAGGAGCAGAACUCCCGUCUAAGAAACAGCCUGCAGAAGCUGAAGGAGAGCGUUCAUCCCUCGGACCUCAAGAUAAUUCCUCAGAUGCAGCUCUGGUCAGAUUCCGCGCUCAGCCAUAAGGACGAAGCCUCACAAAAUUCGCCGUUUAAGGAUGACGUUCACCUCACAGAUUGCACUACACACAGCUGGUUGAAAGACAGAGACAGCGACUCAGAGCAUAGUGUGAAGACCUCCAAGUCCUCGAGAGGCUCAAUAGGACCCUGGGAGAAGAGGUCACCCCCUGUGACUGGAUACAGCUAUGCGCCCAUCCCUGUGGUGUCAAUUCCUAAGCCGAGGCCUCACACUGGCAGCGGCAGCUCCAUGCGACUCAAAGAAACUUCAGGGAGAAGCCAGCCAGUGACCACAUUGCAGGUCAGAAGGAAGUAGUGGGACUUGGAAACUAAAAGAUAAAUGGAGACAGCCAAUAGAUUUGUGUAAUAAAUCAUUUUGUAGGGAUUUUUACACGAGGUCAAGCUGUAUUUCUUUCAAUGUUUGAGCUCCAUUAGAUCAAGCCGGCUUUGGAUUCAUUAGCAGGAAGAGUGUGGUAAAUCUGAUCCGAAAUUGGCAAAAAGAGCCAGUUAUCAUGUGACAUCUAACAACGAGCGCUGCUUCCCACUUGCAAUCAAUUUAAAUGGAGGAAAGUUGGCUGAACCUUUGUGUCUGUGUGGACCACCCUUA